UUUGUACAGAAUUAGUUAGUAGUAGUCAUUAGUCAAGGCCGCCUUGACAAGGCGUUAGCUCCGUCCACUGUCUUACGAACGAUGAUACGAUCACUAUUUAAUUAUGCCCGACAGCCCUUCUGUCAAGCUAACCGGAGUAUUCACACUUCAUUAAGGGCUUAUGCAGAGUUGAUGGUGAAUGGAAAAAUGUUACAUUAUGAAGUUGUUGGUAAAGGAGACAAGGUAGCUCUCUGCUUGCCAGGAGCUUUAGGAACAAUCCAGUCAGAUUUUGGUCCUCAGUUAACUGGCUUAUCUCAUGAACAACUGAAGUUGGUUGCAUGGGAUCCUCCAGGCUAUGGAAAGAGUCGUCCUCCACCAAGACAAUAUAAGCUUGAUUUCUUGAAUCGUGAUUGUGACUUAGCAGCUUCCCUGAUGAAGAAUUUAGGAUACUGUAAAUAUUCCUUGCUGGGCUGGAGUGAUGGUGGCAUAACUGCUAUGAUGAUUGCUGCAGCCUAUCCAGAAAACGUGGAGAAAAUGGUUAUAUGGGGCGCUAAUGCGUAUAUACAUGAGGGAGAUUUGAAAAUGUAUGAAGCUAUUCGUGACAUUGAAAAGUGGUCACCCCGUAUGAGAGCUCCUCUUGAAGCCACAUAUGGUAAGGAGUACUUCAAGGCAGCUUGGGAAGGAUGGGUAGAUGUUUUUACUGCUAUUUACAAAGAGAAGGGAGGAGACCUUUGCAAAAGUGACCUUGCCAAGAUUACCUGUCCUACCUUGAUUAUACAUGGUGCCAAAGACCCAAUGGUAGGGCAAGACCAUGCAGAUUAUAUUCAUGAGAAUAUUGCUAACUCUCGGUUAAUUGUUAUGGAAGAAGGGAAACACAAUCUUCACCUGAGGUAUGCUAAUGACUUUAAUGCCAUGGUGAUGGACUUUCUCCUUGAGGGUGAGUGAGUAUUGUAAAACUUGCUAUGUAAUGAGUGCAUCUUCACAGAUGUAACUUAGUCUAAAAAAUCGACUUUUGUUGAUAGCUCUAUUUUCGUGAUGUAUAGCUGUAGAGGUUGAAAUAAAUAAGCCAGUGAUUUAUAGGACUAAAGCGUAAUGUCUGAAAGGAAUACUUAAUAGUUUAACCAGAAUCCUUUUUCAAUUUAAUUAUAAAAUGACAAACAAACAAACAAAAAACUGGUUACUUAAGUUUUAAGAAAUAGUAAUUUUACUACUGUAUAUAUUAUAUAUUUUGAAUAUGAUAUUUUGGUGUUUCAAACAUGUUCCAGCAGUAAGAUUUCAAGCAUUUGUCUAAUUGAUUUUAUCCAUAAUAAUUAGGCACACAAUACUGAAAUAUAGCUUGUAAAGUGAAACAUUAUCCUUAAUGACUAGUCGUUAGAUGAUACUGAAUCUUGUACAUGCAUUUGUAACUUGGUAUUGCAUGUUAUUUCUACUCUCCAAGUUGAAAAAUUUCUUGGAAAUACAGGGAUAUUUAUUUCAAGUUUGAAAUGGAUUCUUCAUUCUUGUUGCGAGAUUUGACCCAUUAUCAUCUGGCAGAUUACUUCAUGUGUUCAAUAGGUGCUUCUGGAAGUGGAAACAUUAUGCUCAAAUUUGGUACAAUAAAAAUAUUUCUUA